AUGGAAUAUUCAAUUCUCACCAAAGACGGUCAACUUAGACCACCUCAGCCAGAAGAAACAGAUGAGUCUCCAAUGGACGCUGAAGAGGAAAAUCUACUCCUUGACGAGACAGAAGGUGAAGGAAACGAAAGCGCCAUUACUGACGACUCUGAAACUAUACCUGACUCUCAACCUACCCGCCAGAAGACAACAAGAGUUCCUAGAGAACAGUACCAUAACGAUAGAAAACGAAAACGGGACCAAUCUAACGAUCAGACCCAUAACGGCAAAACACCACGCAGAGCCGCCGAAGCCGCCUCCUUAGAGACAAAGAUUGAAAAAUCAGAGACAGCCAUCACGAAACUGAGAAAACACAUGAAGGACAGAACAUGUCCAAAGACACUAAGAUACAACGUGCGUGCAAAUAUCACGCCAGACGAAGAAUUUAAACGAGAAAUAGGCUCGAUUAGAAAAACUGCCGAACAAGAGUUCAUUCACUCGUUAGCGAAGUUUCACCAAAGACGCAUUGAUCGUCUUCAGAACAAACGAAAAAAGGUUGAGAAGGAUAAGCCUCACUUCAGGAAAGCGACCAAUGUUGUUCAAACUAGAGAGCAUAAGACGCCAUCGGCGACUAGAGAAAACAAUGUAAUGAAAAGCACUGAUGUAAUUAAGUUAGCAUCAGACCUCCAAGCUAAGUUCGACAAGUUCUCACAAAUGAUGUCAAAGUUUACUGAUAUUGAGAAUAAACAAAGUGAAUCGUAUCCCAGUGUUCUCUCU